AUGCGAUGUACGAAUCGUUAUGGGGCCGUUGGAGCAGUAAUUUUUACUCUAAUCGCUUUAUUAUUAGUUUUAAACCAAAAACAUAAAAGUGAAUCAGAAACUCGUCAAAUAAUUAAUACUUUUCAACGACGUCUUGAUUAUGUUUCAAAAUUAAAUACGGAUAAUUUACAACAAUUAAAUAUAGUUAAACAACAAAAUUUUCGUCUAUUACGAACAUUAAAUUCUAUUAAAUCGUGUAAACAAACACAAGAACAACAACGUAGAAAUUCUACAUCAUUAUAUGAACAACAUAAUGAUACAAAUAGUACUGAACAACAAUUUGAAUUAAAUGUUAUUGAAACAUCACAAAAUGGUUUUCGUUUACCGUCUGGUCUGAGUUAUUUAAAACAUUUAAAUGGUAAAACAGAUUUAUUAUCACCACAAUUUCGUCGUACAUCAAAUACAAAUAAACAACAUAUAAAUUCAAAUUAUACAAUGAUUAUUGGUAUACCAACAGUAAAACGAGAAAAACAAUCGUAUUUAAUUGAAACAGUAAAGUCAUUGAUUGAUAAUUUAAAUGAAAAUGAGUUAAAACAAAUAUUAAUUGUUUGUUUUAUUGCUGAACCAUACAAUAUUGAAUAUGUUCGAACAACAUCACAAGAAAUUGAAAAAUUAUAUUUUGAAUAUAUUGAAAGUGGUCUACUUGAAAUUGUUGCACCACCAUCAGAAUAUUAUCCAGAUUUAGAGAAUUUAAAGUUAACAUUAAAUGACAAUUCUGACAGAGUUAAAUGGAGAACAAAGCAAAAUUAUGACUUUAGUUAUUUAAUGAUGUAUGGUCUCUCAAGAGGAAAAUAUUAUAUGCAAUUAGAAGAUGAUGUUAUUACUAAACCAAAUUAUGUUCAUACAAUCGAAACAUUUAUUGCACAACAAAAUACACAAGAUUGGUUUCUGUUAGAAUUUUCAAGUUUAGGAUUUAUUGGAAAAUUAUUUCAUACAUCCGAUUUAGAUGCACUCGUUAACUUUUUUCUCUUAUUUGCUGCCGAUAAACCGAUUGAUUGGCUUGUCGAUUAUUAUAUGGAUACAAAAUAUUGUCAUUUUGAAGCCGAUCGUAUAUCGUGUACUAGGACAAAAGCAUUAUAUCGUAUGCGUUUUAAACCAUCAUUGUUUCAACAUAUUGGCGUAUUUUCAUCAUUGAAAGGAAAAAUUCAAAAAUUAAAAGAUAAAGAUUUUGGAAAAAACGUGAAAUUAUUUAAAGGACAUGAAAAUCCACAAACAGUUUCAAUAGAAACAACAUUAAAACAAUAUGAUAAAUAUUCAUUAAUAAAUGCUUAUGCUGGACAAAACUUUUUUUGGGCACUACAACCAAAAUCUGGUGAUACUGUAGAGUUUAAAUAUAAUCCACCAUUGUCAAUCGGAAGAAUUUAUUUUAAAUCGGGUAAUCCUGAGCAUCCGGGUGACCGUUUUUUUAAUACAACCGUUGAUGUUCAACCGUCUGUACCACCGAAAGAUAAAACAAUUGCUUAUGAAUAUGAUGGUCACGGUUUUUAUACGGUAGCCAAUUUUUCACAUGAAAGUGGAAUUGCUGAAGCAAUGAUACAUGAAUCAUUAAAUCUUAUAUCAACAGUUCGAUUGAAAGUACAUUAUAAAUCAGAAAAUUGGAUUAUUCUAAACGAGAUAUUAAUUGAGCCAACUAAAUGA